AGCUUGACAUCACAGUAUAUCCCUGAGUCAAGUGGCUGUGGGUUUUUGGCUCUUGCAUCUGCUGUAUAUAGUUCUGUCUCAGGUGCCAUUUGCUAACUCUGUUCUCUGUGUAGCUGCUUUUGGCAGCUCCUCAUCUCUCUUCUAAUCCACCACUCAUGGUCCUAGAGAACAGACCACAAGUUAAGACUGUCACCUACAGAAUCCCAAGGGCCAAAACUGGGCAGAGGACAACUCCAUCCUUCUUACAAAAGGGCUUCUCCACAAGAAGCAUUUCCGUUAGACUCUGAGCAGUGAGAUACCCUGCUUCAAGAAUUUCUCAUGGAGCCAGAAGCCUUUGAAAUUUGCCCUUACGAUCCUCACCACCGAAUUCCACUCAGCAGAUUCCAGUACCACCUGGCAUCAUGCAAGAUCAAGAACCCCAAGAAAGCCAAAAAGAUGGCCACCUGCAAAUACAACGCCUGCCACGUGGUCCCCAUCAAAAAGCUGGAGGAACAUGAGGCUGUUUGUGUCAACAGGAGCGCUAUGGAGGAAGAGGACACCAAGAACCCUCUGAAAGUUAGUCUUCCCAGUUCAGAGCAGAACAAUGACACCCAGCAGACUUUUUUUCCUCAAAAGCUUGUUUGUGAAAAUGACACAAAAAAGUCAGCCAGAGAGACCAGUCCCCAGAAGAUCCUCAGACCAGGACAGUAAACUGCCAGCUGAGGAAGGAGCACACGCCUCGUAAAUGCAUGGAAGAACAAGCAAUGCAUCAGAAUAAAAGACAUGCAAAGU